AUGACACUUCUUUCACAGGAAACGGCCUCCUUCGCCCGCCUCCCCGCCACAGUACAACGCAUUCCUCCAGCCCUCAGCCCCCCUCAUUUCCCCCACAGCUCCUCCAGCCCUCAGUCCCCCCCCCAGCUCCUUCAGCCCUCAGCUCGCCCCAGCUCCUCCAGCCCUCAGCCCCCCAGCUCCCUCAGCCCCCCUCAGCUCCCCCCAGCUCCUCCAGCCCUCAGCCCCCCAGCUCCCUCACCCCCCCCUCAGCUCCUCCAGCCCUCAGCUCCCCCCAGCUCCUCCAGCCCUCAGCCUCCUCCAGCCCUCAGCUCUCCCCCCAACUCCAGCUCCUCCAGCCCUCAGCCCCCCACUCCUCCAGCCCUCAGCUCCCCCCCCCUCAGCUCCCCCUCCCCCAACUCAUCCAGGAUAUAA